ACACACGAGUAUUCAUGUUUGGAAAAUUUAUUGAGUGAACGUGUCAUUUUGUCGAGAAAAAUGUCGUCAAACAAUAAAAUAAAAAUUUACUUGAUUGGUGAUCCAAGUAAAAAUAUGCCAGAACGCAAAUUACCAACUUCACAAAACGUUUUGUCUUUAUUUUUUUAUAAUUACAAAGUUUUAGCAUUGUCUAUAAAUCAAAGUUAUUCUCAAGCGAUCACAGAGGUGCAAACGCGUUGGGCUCGUGCCCAAUUACCUACAAAAAGAAAAGACCAUUGUUUAUCAAAACUCAAAAAACUUUAUAAUGAUUGGAACAAAUUAUCUAAAAGUCGUUUUAACAUAAAGUCUCCUACUCAAUUGCGUAAUGAGUCAAUUUUUUUGGAGAGAAUAAGAAAUAUUUUUGAUAUCUCUUGUCAAGAUAUUGACAAAUUAGUUACAAAAGAUCAAAACUAUUUUUUCAAGGCUCAGUGUCAGCCAACGAGACGUGGUUUAAUUAGUGCAGGUUGUCCAGAUAAUAAUACUAAUAGUGAUAAUAAUAAUAAUAGUGAUAAUAUUAAUAAUUGUGAUUAUAAUAAUAAUGAUCACGAUAAUAAUAUUAACGAUUACAACAAAGACAACAAUGAGAAUAAUAAUUAUAACAAUCAAAAAAUAUACGAGAAUAGAGAAGAACUUGAAAAUCUAAAUAACAUCGCAAGUAAAGAGCCUGAGAUCAUUGAAAUACUGGCUGGAGAAAAAGGCAAAGAAAUUGACUCUCAAAAAUUUUCGAGUGCACGUUUAAAAAGAAUUUCUGUAUUGAAUGAUGAUGAGCAAAUACCAACGAAAAAACAAAAAAUUGUAACACCACUAAUUGCUUCAGUACUCGAUAGAACUAAUACGACUGAUAGGAGUGCAAUGUUUAUAAUUGCUGCUGUCAUUAUCGGCUUAGGACAUAAUUUAAAUGAAUAUCAUUUAAGUGCUAGCACUGUGCGUCGAUGUCGAAUGGAAUUCCGAAAUAAGUUGUCAAAUGAUUUGAAAAACCAUCUUCAAAUAAACAAUUAUUUGGUGGCUCAUUUUGAUGGGAAAAUUCUCCAUGACAUUGUUGGACAUGAAAUGGUUGAUCGUAUUCCUGUGACAGUGUCUGGAAUGAACACGAGUCACCUUCUUGGUGCUCCGAAAAUUACGAAUGGAACAGGCCACCAACAAGCCGAUGCUGUUGUACAAAUUUUAAAAGAGUGGAAGCUUGACACUCGUGUAAAAGCACUAUGCUUCGAUACUACAAAUUCUAAUACCGGACGACUGAACGGAGCAGCGGUUUUAAUUGAAAAAAAAUUAUAAAAGAGUUUAUUGUACUUCCCUUGUCGUCAUCAUAUUAAUGAGAUAUUAUUAAAAUGUGUGUUUGAAAUUUAUUGGGGUGUACAGACAGGUCCAAACGUCGCUUUUUUUAAUGUCUUUCAAAAAAACUGGAAUAAAAUUAACCAACUACAAUAUGAAUGUGGAAUUAAAGACAAAAUAGUAAGACAAGCUAUUGGAAGUGAUGAAGAUGAAAUUUUGAGAUUAAUUGAAUAUCAUCUUGAGUUGAAACAGCCACGAGGUGACUACAAAGAAUUCCUAACAUUAACUUAUAUUUUUUUGGGUAAGAUACCACCAAAUGGAAUAAAAUUUAAAGUACCUG